GUUUCGCGGUCAUUCAGUCGGUGUUGGCGCCCAAACGCGGCGCUCGUGUGUUGUGUUUCCUAAAAAUAUAAAUAAAAAACAUAUCGUCGAAAUAAGUAUUACGGCGUCCCGGAUUGUUUGUGAUUGUGUGAAACUCUUAACUGGAUCUAGUAUUGUGUUGAUUUUGAAAAGGGAGUCCUCGGGUUUAACAGGCGUGCACUGUUGCGACACCAAUGAGUUCACGGUGAAUCACUGUUCAAACUAUCCCAUCGGGUCGCCCCCGCAGUCACCCUGACGUCAUGACGCUGCACUGGUGGAUGCACUGGUUCUGGGUGACGAUGUUGCUCACCAUUCUAGCAACAACUCGAGAGAACCACGCCGCUCCCCACGCUGAAGUCGAGUCGGAGCGCCAGGCGCGCGCCAUGUACUUCACUAAAACCCAGCCCGUCGUGCCCGUCACUACGCCGCGCGACGACGCCAACGCCACCACGACGCCCGAGAACGUCACUACGCCCGUCACGUGGACGCCCGUCAACGUGACGGAGGCGCCGACGAAUGCGACGUACACCAAGCGUCGUAAUCUCACAAGGCCAGUGUUUGUAGCAGACGACGUGGCGGCGGAGAGCCGCAUCGUGACGGAGAAACCGCUGUCGUUGGAGACGACUUUCCUGCAGACGAGGGUGCCUGAUGUGGAGUCCUCGCGACGGGUGGUCCAAGCCGGCUCUGUCGCAUCCGGCGGUCUGGACGCUGGCGCCAUCGCGGGCAUCUCGCUGGCGACGCUGGCGGCGGCUACGCUGGCUGCCAGCACGGCGCUGGUGCUGUACCGCCGGCGAUACCUCAACAAGCCGCAGACGCUCAACGACAAGUGCUCCAACCCCGAUAGCAGCGGCUACCUCGAUGAUAGUACUAUACGGGACAACUCUGAGGAGAUGUACAGUCUGGACAACGACUCGUUCCUCAACUCGCUGGAGGCGAUGACGAUACAGAACUACUGGACCGACACCGUCAAACACACCAAGCUCUGAGCUUGAUUAUGGGCACUUGAUACUUGACAUCAAACUUGAGUGAUAUUGACGCUAAACCUGUACAAAUACGGCAGAACUUUAUUUUAUGCGGCCGCGUGAAUUAGUAACUGCCGCUUUCAGUGACGUUUAACUAGUGGUGGACUCUUAUUUAAUGAAGAGUUUGUCGUACAUUCUAUAAAUUUCCUGUAAAACAAAUCAUUAGCUAUGUCCACACUGUACACUUUCAUCUUCAACUUUCAUAUCGGCGCAAUCAACAAUAGAAUGCGUCAAGGAACGCAACGUCAAUAUUGUCAUUUUUGAAAUUUUGGA